GCCUUCGUGCAGUACCACCUGCGGCGCAGCACCGGCACGCUGCUGGCGCACUCCCUGCUGCCCCUGGGUUAUUACCUUGGUAUGUGCUUUGCUGCACCUGAAAAACAUCUUUGUUUUUUCUACCUGGCUUCAAAAGAGUGGAAAACUUUCUUCUUCUUCGCCAUUCUCCUCCCAGCAGUCACCAGUGCCCUGGCAUAUUACUGGUCACGGAAAGGCUGGAAUAAUCACCCGCUAGCCCGGACACUCGCUGUUCACGCUCUCCCGCAGUCGGGUUGGAGGGCAGUAGCUUCUUCCAUCAACACAGAAUUUAGGAGAAUCGAUAAAUUCGCUACCGGAGCUCCAGGAGCGAGGGUGAUCGUUACGGACACGUGGGUGAUUAAAGUGACCACCUACUGUUUACAUGUUGCCCAGCAGCAGGACAUUCACCUGACGGUGACAGAUUCCAGACAGCACGAGCUCACCCCAGACUCCAACGUGCCUGUGCAAUUCCUCACCAUCCGAGUUGCCAGUGUUAAUCCCUACAUCAAGGCAUUCGAUAUCAGGUUGAACUCCACAGAGUAUGGGGAGCUCCGGGAGAAGCUCCGUGCUCCUAUCAGCAAUGCAGCUAAUGUUGUGAUCCAUCAAAGCCUUAGUGAUUUAUUUUUAGAAACCUUUACAUCUCUGGUGGAAAUAAACCAGACAUACCAUGUUCCAAGUACUCAGGAGCUGGAGCCAUGCAUAGGGUGUAUGCAGACUAUUGCCAACAUCAAGCUCAUCAAGAACUGCCAGGAGCCAAACGAGGGGGAAUGCCAGCAGUGCUACUGCCGGCCCAUGUGGUGCCUCACCUGCAUGGGCAAGUGGUUUGCCAGCAGACAGGACCAGCAGCACCCAGAGACCUGGCUGUCGAGCCAAGUGCCUUGCCCGACUUGCCGAGCCAAAUUUUGCAUUCUAGAUGUUUGCCUAAUACGAUGAGUAAUAACUUGGGUAUGUUUUUACUUUUUUAAUUUGACUAUUUCAUAAUGGGUUUGGUUAAAGGCCUGCUAGAUCUCUUUCUGAGACUUCAUGUUCUACCAGGGUACAAACUCUAAAAGUUUCUUUUACAGUGUUAAAAACAGAUGUAAAUCUUUUCAGUUCCUUUCCACUUUUACCUGUAACUGUGGAUUUUACUCACCUGAUGUCAGCUUCUGGAUUUUAAUUUUGUUUAAACCCCUGUUUUCUUUUCUUACAUUUUGGAUGGAAUAAGGUUAUCCUUCUAUAUUUGCAGUACUGUUGUUUUUUCAGGUUUUAACGUAGGUUAAAUUCUUUACAUUUUUAAAUUUAUCUUGGGUUUUGAUUCUUUAAUAAAGGGCUAACUGAGAAAAUUGUUUUGAUUAUACUUCAUUGAUGCUUUUGUUAUUCUUUAAUCCAGUUGUAAAGUUAAAUUCUCAAAGUAAUCUGACAUGCCUCCAGUGUUUGUGAGCUUCUUAAAUACUGUGUUAGAGAAACAAGUUGUUAAAAAUUCUUAUGAACAUGAAAAUAAUAGGGUACAAAAAUAGACAUUUGUCUUUGUGAUAGCUUCAGGUUAUCAUCCAAAGAGCUACAUGCACAUGUAUGGUCACUUCUAGAGAAGAUCCUCUCUGUUUGCAGUACAGAACACACCACUGCCUCCCACACAAUCUUGAUGCAUUUCUUAAACAAGAGGAUAGGGUUUAGAAUAAGUUUUCUUACAGCAUUUUGUGAAAACAAAACAACAAACCAACAGAAAAAAACCCAAGUAAUGCAAGUGGCUUGACUAUUUACUGAACUUUUUUUUUUAUUGUGUGUAAAUCACAAAUAGUGAUUUAGUUUUGCAUUUCCAGCUGUGUGUAUGCUUUUCCACAUCAUUGACUUGUGGGUGGGCAGUGCUAGUAAUCUGAGGUAUAUUAUAUACAUGUGAUGUCAUUAAACUAAAGACAGUCUGUGGGUGGACUGUGUUAGUUUAAGUACUCCAUAGGAGUGUAUCAUGUAUAGCCCAAAUUUCCCAGUGUGGUGCAGGUCAACAGGUCUUUCAGAACAUGAGUCACACCUAUAUUAUUUAUUUCUCCAGCUGUAUUAGUUCUGUAAUUGCAGUGUUCCAGAAGAUACUGGGGAAAAUGUUAUCUGUUGUUUUUUUUAGGUUAACAUAAUUUGUCAACCCAAAAAAGACUUUUUUCCAAGCAGGAGAUAUUUUUAAUCCUUUACAUGAAUACAGUUUUUCUACUAUGAGGUUUGUCAUAGCUUGAAACCAAAAUACAAAGUUAUAAUGUGA